AUGGGGGAUCGCACGCGCUUCUCAUGCUCCGCCUUCUCGCCGGCAGCCGCCCGGCAGACUUCGGUGUGCUUGAAGAGCACGGAGGUGCUGCGCAUCAAUCUGCGCACGGGAAGGCUGGAGCUGGAGAAUGAUGCCAUCGCAGAGAGCUCGUAUGCAAAUGAGAGCGAGGCGCUGAUCCAGCUGCAGUGCCGCGGCUUUGAGCUGGUCGAGCGCGGCUGCGCGCUGCUGGGCUUUGUGGCGGCGGGUCCCGCAGCGGGGGUGCUGCUGGCCACGCGGGUGCGGGAGAAGGCGGUGCUGCCAGGAGGGCAUACCGUGUAUGCAGUGACCGACAGCCAGUGGCUCAUCGUGCCGCUGCAGAACGAGGCCGCGGAUGCCGCGCAGGCUGCCGCGCUGGCGGGGCUGCCGCCACCGCGCAGCGGGGACGUGGAGUUUUGGCGCGCGCUGCAGCAGUUCACCCUCAACAACGCUCACUACUACUGCGAGACCGCAGACAUCUCGCGGCCCUUCCCCAGUGACAAGGACCCUCGCGAGCCCGCCGCCGAGUUUGUGUGGAACUCGUGGCUGCGCCAGCCGCUGGUGGAGCUGGGCCUGUACGAGCAGUGCCCCUCGCUGCUGCAGGGCGCGGUGGAGUGCAGCACGCUGGCCCACCCGGGCGGCGGCCGCCGCUUCUCCAUGUGCCUCGUCUCCAGGCGGUCGCGCCGCCACCCGGGCACGCGCUACAUCGCCCGCGGCCUGAACAGCAUGGCGGGCCCCGGCAACGAGAUUGAGUGUGAGCUGCUGACGUGGACGCACCCAGAGCAGCAGUACUAUGCCGCAACCAGCUACGGCGGCGGCACCGCCUCGCUUGCCGGCGGCCUGGGGGCCGGCGGGGAGGCGCUCAAGUGGGCGCGCGUGGUGUGGCGCCGCGGCACCGUGCCCAUCUGGUGGGGCGUGCAGCUGCAGAGCCUGGCGCAGGGCCUGCAAGCAGAGGUGUAUGUGCGGGAGGAGCACCCCUACCAGGGCACAGCCUCCUACUUUAGGAACGUGCAGCGGCAGCACGCGCCGCGACCCAUGCUGCCGCACCCCUCGGCCGCGGCGGCGGCAGGGGCCGGAGGCGAGGCAGGGGGCAGCGGUGGCGGCGCGGCGGCAGACGGUGGUAGCGCCGCGGGCGGGGGCAGCAGCGAGGGCUGGACGCUGGUGGAGGACGGCAGCACGGAUGGCAGCGGCUCGGCUGCUGCGGCGGCAGCUGCAGGGGCGGCGGCAGGGGCGGCUCAAGAGCUGGGCCCCGCCGAGCAGCAGCAGGGGCAGCAAGCUCAGCAGGCUCAGCAGCAGCAGCAGCAGCAGCAUAGUGGCUGCGAGGGCGGCGGUCUGGGCGUGCCCGUCACCUGCAUAAACCUGCUGCACGCCAACCCCAAGAAGGCCUCGGAGCUGAUGCUUUCCAGCCAUUUCCAAGACGCCAUGCGCCACGUGCGGCGGCGCCUGGGCGGCCAGGCCCCCAUCCAGGUCGUCAACUUUGACUGGCACGGCAACAUGGGGCGGCUGAGCGAGGAGAAGGCGGUUGAGGGCUUCUGGUCCCUCAUGGAGCCCUUUGUCAAGCACACCGGCUUUGCGUCUGGCUGGAUGGAGGCCGGCGGCGGCGGCGAGGCGGCCGGCCCUGGCGCUGCGCCGGCCACGGCCUGGCCCCCGGCCGGCCCUGGCGCUGCGCCAGCCACGGCCUGGCCCCCCGGCUGGCGCAUGCGCUGGGACGCGCAGCAGGCCGGCCUGCUGCGCUUCAACUGCGCAGAUUCUUUGGACCGAACCAACGCUGCCACCUGCUUCGCCAUGCUGCCCGUGCUGCAAGAGCAGCUGCGGGUGCUGGGCGUGGUGCUGGAGUACGGCGUGCCACCCGCCACCGCCGCCCUGCUGCGCAGCCGGCAGCGCUCCAGCGCGGGCGACAUGGCGGCGGUGGCGGGGCAGCAGCCCGGCGCGGCGGCGGAGGAUGCGGCGGCGGUGUUGCCAGAGGGCUGGGAGGUGCGGCAGCACGAGGGGCGCCUGCUGUACAUCGACCACAUCAACAGAGCCACCCAGUGGACCCCUCCCCCCUCCCCAGCCACCUCCCAGGCCUCAGGAGGCAGCCCCGGCACCUCCGGGCGGCCCCCCUCUGCGGGACGCCCCCCCUCCUCCUCCUCCUCCACCUCCUCCGCCGCCCCGCUGAGCGCCCGCAUGAUACAGUCGGCAUCAGACAUGCUGGCACGCCUGCAGCGCCAGACCGCCAGCCCCGGCCCCGCGGCGCCCAGGGCUGCGCCCGCGCUCGACCUCGAGCGCCGCUCCAGCCCGCCGCGAGCCAUGGGGGGGCUGGAGCGUGUGGACGGCGGCGCCCCAGGCCAGGCCUGGGCGCGCAGCGGCAGCGCCGGCAGCCUCAACGGCGGCGGCGGCGGCGGCAGCGUGCCGCAUGCGGCCAGCGCGCCAGACGUCAGCCUGGCCGCCGCCUCCCACGCCGCCACCGCCUCUGCCACCACCUCAGACGCCCCAGACAGGGACCCCGCCCGCCCCUGGGCUUUCUUCGAUUAUGACAUCAACGAUGUGCGGGAGCGGCUGUUCAGGGAUGCAGUGAGCGACUAUGUUGAGAUGUUCCGCGUGCACGGCGACAUCCACUCCUUCCUGUACACAGGCUCACCCGCCAUGCACUCCCACGUGCUCAACCUGGUGGUGCAGGGCGGCAAGGGGUACGGCGCCACCAGCGGCGUGGGCAAGCUGCAGAACCUGCGGGUGGCGGUGCAGCGGCGCUGGAACAACACGGUCAGCGACACCAGCCGGCAGCAGGCCAUGGAGCUGUUCCUAGGGCUGCGCAUCCACGACGGCGGCGGCCAGAAGGGCUACUUCCCCGGGCUGCAGGUGGUGUACCGCGACAGCACGCAGCCGCUGCUGGGAGGCAUGGAGGCGUUCGAGGCGGCGCCGCUGCCGCCUCUGCCGGCCAGCCACUCUCGCCACGCCUCGGGCUCGGCCGUGCCUGGCGCGUUUGGGCCGCUGGCGGCGGGCGCCCCGGCUGCCGGGGCGGCGGCCUUGCAGCAGCAGCAGGAGGCUGGGCAGGGCCCUGCAUCGCUGGGUGAGCAGGAGGAGUGCGACAGGGCGCACGCUGUGCCUGGCGUGCCUGCUGUGGAGCACGACGGUGUGCUGGGGGUGCGCCAGUCGCUGCUGGACUUGGAGCCCCUCUCCGACCUGCUCCCAGAGCAGCAGCAGCAGCAGCAGGCGAUGCUCCCCGGCGGCGAGCCGGCGGCGCGCGGCAGCGGCAGUAGCAGCCUGGUGCCCGGCGGCGGCAGCGGCGGCAGCGGCAGCGGCGGCGAGCCCUGGGCGCCUCCGCUCACCACGGCUGGCGCGCCCUCGGCGGCCCCGCCAGCGGCAGCCUUUGACCCGCUGGGAGCUGUGGGGCAGCCAGGUGCGCCUGCCCAGCCUGCCCGGCAGCAGCAGCAGCAGCAGAUGGAUGAGCUGAUUAGUUUGGAUGACGACAGGCCGGCGACAGCAGCAGCACAGGCCCCGCUGGGGAGCGCCCCCGCCAGCGGCGCCGUGCGCUCGCAGUUGGAAGACCUGCUGCUGUGA